UACAAUUCCCAGGAUGCACUGGAAAUUGCUGUGGCUACUGAACGGGGGAAGGGAAGCUGAGAUUGGAGGGAGAAACAAUCAGAAACUCAGAUACUGUGUGCCUCCUCCUUUGGAGUUGGGCCAUACAAGAACUUUUCUACAUGACCCACACCGCAAUAUCUUCUUGGCUUCGCCGCUGCAGCUGAGCUCACACAACAACCCGGCUUUUGACUAACUGCAUUUGUUCUGGGUGCCAGAAUCAUGACGGUUGUUGGACGGGGAGAGCCCAGCCCUGAGAAGCAGCAGCAUCAUGCAGCUUCUGUUUGCCUGUGGUGGGGCUGAGCUGCGGAGGAGAGGAAGGAGGCAGGGUUUUAUGACACUACGCCCUGAUUCUGAGAAGAUCUCGUCGACCUGCAUACGCACAUUCCCCCACGAUUGAGGCCUGUGAAACCACCCGAACUCGGCUGCAGACAAGAAAAGAAAAAAAAAAAAAACCAAAAGGAGAUGAUCCAGACAAUAUGGAUCGCAGUGAUGUUUCUGUGAAGUCCGGCUGUUGACAUGAAGAUCUCUGCGCAUGUGAGGAGAAAAUGAGAAAAGUGUAGAUAGACUUUGAAUCCCUCCAGGUGUGCACUACAGAAACCAUGCUGGUGUUUGCCCCGACUUCCCAGCCCAUCUCCGUUCAUGACUUCGGAAGCCUUUAGACGCCACGAUCAGGAGGAACAUUAACAGUCAACACGAUAACGUGCAAUGGAAGAAAACAUUGAUGUCACAUCACACACAGAGGGUCUGAAUGGUUUGUCACACGAACGGAAGCCUGUAGAGGACAUCACCAAUGGACAUUCCAGCUACAAGCCUGUCAUUAAUGGAGUGGCCAAAGGUCACAAUGGGAAAGACCACACCAACGGCAGCACACCUUUCAGAUCUCUGCCGAUUUCAGCUCUGAAGCAAAAUGGCAUUCUGCAGAACCUGACAGCAGGUGGAGACAAGCCCAGUCCCACAGAGGAGCAAGAAGAUGCUGAUCUGGAAAAGGCCAAGCAGGAGUGGGAGGCGCUAGAAAACAUCCAACCAGGUCAGCUGCCUCACCUGCCUGAGUCCGGAGGAAAGCAAAUCUGUUUUGAUGUGAACUCUCUAAGUGAGGACUCAAACCCAACCCCGCUCAUCUCCUUCAAUGAAGCUCUGCAGUACUUCCAGACCACAGACCUUGGAGACUUGCUGAAAAACAUCCAGCCAACUAUUCGCAGGACCGGUCUGGCUGCGAUUGCACACUUCCUGUUCGGACCGCCGCGAUUGCACAAGGAGCUCCUGGAGGAGAGGGAUCUUGUCUUUGCCAUUGCACAGUGUCCUGUGGAUAACAGCCAAACAGUCCACAUGCGUGUCCUGCAGACCAUACAUAAAAGGCUGAUUGGAACCAGGCUGGACUGUCCUCGCUACGGUCCACACUGGGAAAACAUUGGCUUUCAGGGUACAGACCCGGCCACUGACCUGCGUGGCACCGGGUUUCUUGGACUGAUGCACACUCUGUACUUUGUGAUGGACCCAGAAACUCUGCCGUUGGCGAGAGAUAUCUACAAGCUGUCGCAGCAUCCUACACAGAACUUCCCAUUCUGUGUGAUGUCAAUCAACAUGACCCGCAUUGCUUUGCAAGUCCUGAGAGAGGAGGCCCUGUCCAAGGAGUGCAAUCGCCGUCAGCAAGUGGUCGGUGUGCUCAAUGAGUUUUACGUUGCCACAUUUCUCCACGUCUACCAGCUGUGGAAGACCCAACAGAAGACGAUUGCUGACUCUGGCUUUGUGCUAAAAGAAGUGGAGCUGUUUGCCAAAAAGAACCCCAAGCAGAUGCUGCGCCGACUAGAGGUCUUCCUGAAGGAGAGGCAGGCGGGUGGGAUCCCCCGUGGGAUGUCACCGGACCCUCAGGCCCAACAGCCCUCUCCCAGCUUGGGGGGCUCCAGAGCUGGGAUGGGGCAGGGAAGCAAGGGAAAGGAGAUGCACUUCACCGGAGUGUGUGACCUCCCACCGGACAUGGAGGGAGAGGCCAGACUUAUCUAAACUAGAGUCAGUGUGUGUGUAUGUGUGUGCAUGAGAGCUAUUCUGUCCAUGAGUAAGUCCAACACUCGUAUGUGUGAAUGGCUCAGUCAAAGCAAGAACAGCUCGGUAGUCGCUGAUCCGAGGUCUGCUACCCGGAUCGACGCACACACUAUUCUUCCUACAAUGCCGGGGUGCUGCACUUUGAUCAGAUUAAGAUUGAUGAUCCUUCAGAGUUAUAUAUGAUUAUUGUUUUUAAUUUAUUCUUUAAACUCGGGACAUCGGUCUGUCGUAUGUAUAAAAAAAGAUCUUUAAUGUAAGAUGUCAUUUAAAAAAAAAAAAAAGAAGAGCAAAAGGAAGUGAAUGUGUGCACUUUUCCGUAGUUGUCAUAGCCAAAAUAACAGCUGCCAAAUUCCUUUUGUUAAAUUUGUCUAGAAGUCCAAAAUGUACGUGUUCAUGUCUCAAGGGUUUCUAAGCAAGGAACCAUGCAGCAGCAGAGCAGCGCCGUUUAAACCCAAACCGGGUUGAAGAUGGUGUGCUACUGUGCUGAGUGGAAGGAAUAAGACAAGAAACCCGGAGAGGUUUUCCAGUUUUUUCGGCAGGGAUCAGAAAACGUUUGUAGACCGUGUUUAUAGAAACCUUAGGCUCGAUCUGAAGGUGGAAUCGUUUUGCGCUAGGCGACUGAAACACGAGUGGACGUACAGUCUGUAUGCGUGGAAGUAAAAACAGUCGAAAAGAUCAACUGCAUUCAGGUUUAGCGAAUUACCCGUAAAUGGACUUUUAAAUAUCACUUUUAAAGACAACCGUCUUAAGAACAUUUGUCUGUUUGAUUACGACUUCCCAGUUGUGCAUAAAAAAGCGCGUCUGACAGACGUCUUGGUGAACAGCAGAAGUCUUCUAUCAGGACAUUCAUGAGUCGUCUCACUUCUUAACUUCUUGCAAAUACAGGAAAGAAGACUUUUCUUUGGUGUGGGUGUGAGACUGUUAGGCAUGGGCCUGAAUGAGAUAGCGAUGGUAUGAUGAGCUUAAGUAAAAAAAAAUAAAAAAAGAUAUAUUAAGUAAUAUAUCAUGGUGUUGACCCCAAAAUCUCAAAACAAAAAAAAUCUAAAAGAUAACAUAAUUUCAUUAAAGUCUGUUGUCAGAACAGAAAAGUCAGGUAAUCUUACUUAAAACAGCACUACCUACUUUCCACGCCAUAGUUUUUCUUGUUUUUUUAAGAAACUACAUCCAACCAUUCAAAAUUGUCUUUCUCGUUUUAAAAAAAAGUGCAGUAGCCUUCUUUUAUCCGGCUGACUGGCAGUGUGCAGCAACUUGUGGAGAGGGCAGCGACACAGUGGUUUGCUACUUAAAGCCAGAGAAACCUCCAAUUACGCUGCACGUCUUACUAAAAGGACUUUAAACCUUAUAAAUGAUGCGAUGGAUGUCUUUUUGCGGUUUUGACAGCAGAACUUUGAGGAACCUUGGUAUACCUUGAUGCUAUAGCUAGCCCAUGCCUAGAGUGUGCGCUCGCUCCCAGACGUAGCCAAGAGUCUUAUCUGAACUUUCUCUACAUUCCGUUAUGAAGCAUGUGAUUGUAAUUUUCUUCUUCUGUCUUUCUUUUUUUUCUGAUCAAUUGUUCCUUGUGUGCGUGGAUGUGUGUGUGUGUGUGUGUGGUGAACUAACUGAUCUGAUGCUGAUGAAGGGUGCCUCUCCUAGGAGAUGUAUGGUACAGUAUGCAAUCCUUGCUCUUUCUCUAUGAUAAUCAAAAACACUAGUGCUGUAUGAUGAUAGAAAUCGUUCCUAAUUUCAGGGUUUGUGCACUCAUGCAAGUGAAUUGAGACAAUUGUGUGUGUGUGUGUGUGUGUGUGUGAGUCAUAUGAGUAACCGACUACAGAUGACGGGGGGUGUAGGAAGGAAAGGUUUCUUUCUUUUGCACACAAUAGGCUGGCUUUACCGAGCCCCUGGAUCCACUAAGCUGCAGAGCUGGUACUGCAGUCAGGCUUAAAAUGGUACAUUAGGUUAAGACGAAAUGUCAAAUAAUUUAGUGUUCUGCUCUAAGUAGGUCAAGCCAGUGAAGCUGGUCCGGUUCGUAUGCUUUUAGAAACCACCUCCCGUCAUGGUUGUCUCAAUCUGUAGCAUGUUCAGGUAGCUCUAGUACUGUAGCAUCCUAUAGCCUCCUCCUCUUCGUACAGCUUGUUGAUGUCACGUCUCGGUUCCAGUCCGUAGUGUCAAUGAGUGUGCAAACCAUUAAUUACUACUAUAGCACACGCAUUUCAUAGCUUUCUUCAGCCUCCUCAGUCAGCAUGUCGAGCGUUCUGAUGGGACGCAGGACGUCGGCGUUGAGCUCAAACUUGUCUCUGGAGGUGGCGAUGGUAGACUUGGCACCUUAUCGCAGGGGAAAUAAGUCCUGAACCGCGGCACCAACGGUUUCCUCUGUAAAGAGGACUGUUGACACACAGUUCAGCUCAAUCCUGGUAGCAACCACAGUGAGUCACACGUACAAAGAAAUCAAAACACAGUAAUACAUGAGUUUUAUUAGGUUUUAUUUUUUUAAAUGUGCAAUGACACGGGGAGUGGACAUUGAAUAUGCCAAUUAAAAUUCAUAAAAUAAAUGGCAUUAAAAAACAUCCCUACGUCAGGAAGAUGUCUCCUGUAUGGAGAAACUAGUUGGACGCAUUGCUCUGAAUCUUAAAAGGUUGUUCAUGCACUCUGAUUCAGCUCGUAGAUUUUAAUUGCUUCACGUUCAGCUUUGGGGUUUUUACCCCCCUCAUUCCUACUUCAGGUUCUUAUCAAGCAAGUCCAAAUGUCUUAAUAUUUUUAUGCUAUUUAUAGCAACGACAAUAAAAAUAUCUAUUGGAAAAACAAUUAUUGCCUGUCCCUAUUACUUUUUCAUCUUUCCUUAUCUCACACUAUAUCCUCCUAGUAUUUCAUCUGCUUGGCUAAAUGUUCUGUGUGCAAAUGUUAAAGAGCUUCAACAUGCUUUUUCUUCAGGAGUGGAGUCUUGUGCAGUGAGCAUUCAUAUAGGCCUCUGUGGUUAAGUGCAUUACUUGUCUUUUUCCCAGCAAAUCUUUAUAAUUGUCCCAGAGCUCCAUGGCAACCCGUUUGGUCUAAUUUUUUAUAUAUUGCAUGUGAACUGUGGCUCACAGGAACAUUCAGAAGUUCAAAAAGUAACUGUAACCAAUGGCUUCAAACUUGAAAGAGCGCUAGACUUAUGGUAAAAUUAAUAAACCUUUUUAUAGACCAUCAAUUAGGACUAAGACAGCUCUUAUAAAUUUGCUUCCAGGAGAUUUUUCAUUUUAUUCAUGUACUCAAGGUCUAUUCCCUGUGUCAUUAUUACAUGUCUUAAUUUAUGGACUUGUUUGUUUUCAUUUCCUUCUAUUUAUUUAUUACUGGGGUUGUUACCAGAAUUUCCUUUUGCUGUACAUCCACUGGAUCCAGUCAGAUUGUCCUCGCUUCCCUGUUUCCUCUUUGAUUUCAAGCCACCCUGUCAAAUUAGACCUCCCGCUUUCAGACGAUGCAGCAUGACGCCUGCUGGCAUUGUGGAGUACUUUGAUACGCUGGCAUCCAUACCUCUUUUUAACAUCUCUAAGCUGUUCUUCGCCAUCUCUUGUUCCCAUUGGUAUAACUUAAAGAACGAGCUCAUGUAGUUUGCCAGUUAUCUGAUUGGUGCGGGAUGUUUUGGAGGUGGGAAUCGAUUGAUGAGGAAAAUUUGCACUGUUGUAGAUAUUUGAGAAGUGUGCGUGACGUAUGGAAGAGGAAGCGGGCCAUCUUCAAUAGCCAUAUUGUGAUGUUCGUUUUAACCGCCCGGCCCAUGAAACGGGCUCCGUGAAGUUGGACUCCCUCCCCCCGCCUCGUUCUGAAGUGAACCGCGCCAUCGCCAUAGUUUGUUUAGUUCGAAGACGUUUUUAAGCUGACGAGCAGUGCAGUGUAUGUAAAUCAGGAAGUUUGUACAUAGAGAAUUAAUGAUUGUAACUGUAUGAUUGUCUGUAGGGCAUUAUACUGAAACACAUUGCUUACCUCAAGACUUGAGACAAAUCUUUUUCUUUCUCUCUCUCUCUCUCCCCCGUUGUUCGGCCUCCCUCUCAGGCUCGUUUUGCUUCCUUCUACUUUGGCCUAUUUUCAUACAAUUGGAAACGUUAUAUAAUUUAUACUCGGCACCUAAAUAUAUUAGCCAUUUAACACAAAAGCUGGUCAAUGUUAUAUGUAUUCUAUUUACAGACACUAUAUAGGCCCAGACGCUCUGAUGCACACGUGCGGAUAAAAAGCUCCUUGUCAAGAUGAGCUUUAAUUGGCCAAUGUCGUUGAAAUAAGCUGGUUUUCUUGUGGCUUCAGUGAUAGUACAGUAUACUUUGGCUGUGAUUAGGUGUUUGAUGUGAAGAAAACACUGGGGGUGGGGGAAAAACAAAAAUCCUGUCUCUUUCAGCACCAGUCACAAACAGUUUAAUAUAUGAUUGUAAAAAAAAACUAAAAAAAAAACUCAAUAUAAGCUUCAAUUAGCAGUCAUAAUGCUUUGUAUGCUUUGACAUUGGUAUAUAGUCAGUGUCCAAACAAAAGGCCAGAUUUAUCCAGGUUACCAAAACCAUUUUAGUCAUUGUAACACAUUAUAUUCUUUAUGCUUUUACCAUGGUCUUUUCUGUUCCUUUAUUUGAGAAACAAACCAUUAAACAAACAAACAAACAAACAAAAAAAACGGGUUCUUGCAGGAUGUCGGAUGCUCUGAGAGCCGGAGUUGGGACUUCUGCGUAGUACGGCGGCGGCUCGGCAAAUACAAUCACUUCUCUCAAUAUCCUGUUCUUUAAUAUGGAGAUGUUUUACUGUUGCCGUAGUCUUCAUGUCCCUCAGAGCAUUGUAUGACUAUUCUUUGAUUGUAGAAGCCCUAUUUUAUACUGAGAGUUAUUUCAGAAUACAGUAUGUGCUGUUAAACAUUAAAUGUAUUGUAUGGAGAAAGCUAAAUAAAUGCUGUUUUAAAAAGUA